AGAGGCGUCAGUCUAUAAUUAAUCAAGAGGUUCUAGGUUGGGAUCUAGCACCAAAGAUUGCAACAAUGGUUGAGCAGUUUGUCGGAACAUGGAAGAUGAUUUCCAGCGAGAACUUUGAUGAACUUAUGAAGAAAUUUGGUUUGGGAGCAGCCGAACGGCAGCUGGCAAACCAGAACAGACCCAGCUUCACAUUGAGCGUGGACGAUCAGGGGAUGAUUUGCAUGAACUCUCUGAACAUCUUCAAUGCCCCUGAACUCAAGUUCAAGCUGAAUGAAUCUGUUGUUCAGAUGACAGCGAACAAUAGGCAGACGACGACUGUGCUGACCCUGGAAAAUGGAAAGCUUAUUCAGAAACACACUGGGGAUGAUGGAGACUUUAUUGUAGAGCGGGAGAUCUCAGAUGGGCAACUGAUCGUGAGAUCUACACUGGGAAAUGUGGUGGCAGUGAGGACCUAUGAAAAAGAGGCAUAAAGGUGCUCCAUCAUGACAGGCACAGCUGGAUUUAUCAGUCUAUUCCCAGAAUGAUAUGUUAUGCUCCUACUCUUGUUGUUAACUUGAAAUCCUACUGAGUUUUGUUUGGAAUGGCUGUGGCGCUGAUUAAAUAAAAAAUAAUGUUGCAACA